AUGAAUAAGUUGGAGGUGAUGUAUAUGUAUAUGAGUAUGAGAAUGAUCCAAAAACAAAGGUUACAUCUUAAAUUAACCAUGUACCUUGAAAAUAUAAAUCCACUGAUACAAAAUAACCAUUCUAGUAAGAAUAGAAGAAAAGAUUUUAUGUUAAUAAAUUUGCGUUAUUUAGAGUUAUGUAACUUUUUGGAGGAGUUGUGCAGGUGAUAAAAUAAGCAGCUGCACCUGAUGUUGAUUAAAAGUACCCUGUAUUUGUAUAUGAGGAUUCAGUAAAUAUCUAAUUAUUGCCUAAGUCACCAUAUUAUAGUUGCCAUUAUGCUUAAGUUGUGGAAAUCAAGCAAAUCGGCACACAAUAUUAAAAUUGA